AAUGGCUCCUCCAAAUGCCCAGCAGGGAACCACCCAAGUGAAUGAACAUGGUGAAGUUGGGCACAAGUCUCUCUUACAGAGCGAUGCUCUUUAAUCAAGGGAUUGUAAUAAAACAGGAACAUCAUGACAACGAGUGCAGAUGAAGGACAGCUUCUGAGCAUGCUUCUCAAACUCAUCAACGCCAAGAACACCAUGGAGAUUGGCGUCUUCACUGGCUACUCCCUGCUCGCCACUGCCCUCGCUCUUCCCCACGAUGCCAAGAUAUUGGCUAUGGAUAUCAAUCGGGAGAAUUACGAGUUGGGUCUUCCCAUAAUUCAAAAGGCUGGUGUUGCACACAAGAUAGAUUUCAGAGAAGGCCCUGCCCUGCCCCUCCUCGACCAAAUGAUCCAACAAGGGACAUACCAUGGGACGUUUGAUUUUAUCUUUGUGGAUGCUGAUAAGGACAAUUACUUGAAUUACCACAAGAAGCUUAUUGAUCUUGUGAAGAUUGGUGGUGUGAUCGGCUACGACAACACUCUGUGGGCUGGCUCUGUGGUGGCGCCGCCGGAUGCCCCUCUUAGAAACUACAUUAGGUAUUAUAGGGAUUUUGUUUUGGAGAUCAACAAAGCCUUGGCUGUUGAUCCUAGGAUUGAGGUCUGCCAACUCGCAGUGGGAGAUGGAAUCACUUUCUGUCGCCGUAUCACCUGAAUCAAAACUCCCUCGCCAUUCACCAAUCUCAUUUACUUUACCCCAAGCCCCAAACUUUGAUUUUGAUCUACUUUUUUGCCCAUCAACUUAAAGAAAAA